CAUCUCCCAUGGCGACGACGUGGACCAACGCCUAAACCCCACAAUUUUGUUCCCCCAAAAAUUCUAAACCUCCGCGUCGCCUUCUUCUUCUUCUUCCUCCGCAAGCUUGCUAGCCUCCUCCUCCUCCGCGCCAUGAUGGGGAGCAGGGUGGCGGCGGCGCUGCUCCGCCGGGGGAGGGACCAGGCGUCCUCGCUCAUGGCCGCUCGCCUCCCGAGGGGAGCCCCCGCUCCGUCUCCGGCUGCUCCUAGGGUUGGAUCCGGCUCCGUCUGCGGCUGCGGCGGCGGCGGCGGUUUACUAACUGGAUCGAGGUCGACGGGAUCCGUCUUCUCCGCAUCGCGCCUCGCCUCGUUCCACGCCUUCCGUUCAAUCGGCUCCAAGACCUUGAUGGGCCAAUGCACAAGGAAAAUGACUACUACUGUGGCAGCAAUGAAUUCAGGCGUGGCCAAUGCAGCGGCAUAUUCAGGAUUGAAGUUGCUUGUUACCAAAGGGCCCCAAGCACAGAAGGCCAUCGGGAUAUGGCUCUUCGGAUGUGCCACGUGGGUAUUCGGCUUGGUCAUACUUGGAGGAGUUACACGGCUUACACGCUCAGGAUUGUCGAUGACUGACUGGAAAUUUACGGGGAGCUUGCCUCCAAUGUCAGAUGAAGAGUGGCUGCUGGAAUUUGAGAAAUACAAACUGUCACCUGAGUACAAGAGGGUGAACAAAGGCAUGAGCCUUGGAGAUUUCAAAUUUAUAUACUGGAUGGAGUAUGGACACAGAAUGUGGGGAAGGGCUCUGGGAUUUCUAUUUUCUGUUCCUUUUGCCUAUUUCAUUGCAAAAGGGUAUGUUACCCGCCAACUUGGACUCAGGCUGUCAGGUCUUUUCGCACUUGGUGCGGGUCAAGGACUAAUUGGCUGGUGGAUGGUGAAAAGUGGUCUUGAGGAACCAGCAUCUGAGUAUGUUCAACCAAGAGUCAGCCCAUACAGACUGGCGACCCAUUUAACGUCUGCAUUUGUUAUAUAUUGUGGCAUAUUGUGGACAGCUCUGUCAGUGGUUAUGCCAGAACCUCCGGCUGGAUCAAUGAAUUGGGUAAAUUCUGCAGCAAAGAUUAAAAAGUUAGCAAUUCCUGUCAGUGCCGUGGUAGGCAUUACUGCCAUAUCUGGAGCAUUUGUUGCGGGCAAUGAUGCAGGGCAUGCAUACAAUACAUUUCCCAAGAUGGGUGACACCUGGAUACCAGAAGAUGUGUUCGCUAUGGAGCCUUUCAUACGUAACUUCUUUGAGAACACGUCCACUGUGCAGCUUAAUCACCGAAUUCUUGCAACAACUACCCUAUUGUCUGUGGGUGGCUUAUGGUUGGCUGCAAGGAAAGUGGACAUGCAUCCAGCAAUCAAGUCUCUUAUCGGAAGCACGCUUGGAAUGGCUGCCCUUCAGGUUACAUUGGGAAUAUCUACACUUUUGAUGUAUGUUCCUACUUCCUUGGGCUCAGCUCAUCAAGCUGGGGCAUUGACACUACUGUCACUGAUGAUCCUUCUCACCCACACUUUAAGAAGACCGUCACCAGCCCUUCUGAAGUCACUUGCAUCAGCAGUGAAAUCAACCUGACACCGUGUCAUGAAAUUUUCCUUCAGGCACAGUAGACUGUUUGAUAUUUUUCCCGUCUUCUUAUAGCUGACAUGCGGUCGCCUCCUUUGCACUACAUUAUCACCGUACUCAUUUGGCCCAAAAGCAUUCAAUUCUUGAAUAAGGGGCCCUCAUAAUUUUCUAGUGCCAAAUAUUACGUACCUUUUCCAAGACUUCUUUGGACAUGCUGCAUUUUGUCAGGCAAUAUUGCAUUUUUGACAUGCUGUCCGCAGCUGUGCACUCUGAUUAGAUAAUAUCUAGGGAAACUAUUGUAUCAUGUACCAAAUUAAUACCAAGUCUCCAAACAUUUCUAUUGAUUCA